AUGCUGGAAAAAAAGUGCUGCCUAACGGUAAGAAAAACUCCUCAUUUGUCAUAAAGUUACAGAACUUUAUGUGUUGCGUUCAUGAUCACCUGUUGUACCCCCAUACAACUAAUGGAACUUUAAAUUCCACUGUAUCGUCAAAUUAACUUUAAUGUGGGAUACUUCUUGCAUUUUCUGCAUGCUUGUUUCUUUUUCAGUCCAGACACGUCUUUACCAACACUAGCCUCUGGCAUUUCUGUAAUAGAAUAACUUAUACUAACCUUAUACGCGCCACAUUUUACCUUAUUCAAAGGCUUCUUGGUGUUGUUGAAUAGCGCGCAGAAACAUUUAAAUGACUUCAGCUGUGGGCUCUUAUUAACCAGGCAUGCUGAAAAAUCCAUUUGUGACAUUAAUUUAGACUGUGCCAAUUCCUGUCACUAAAAAUUUCAUAAGACACAAACUGAAGUGAACAAAUUGUACUUUCCUUGCAACAAAUGUUUUUGAUAAUGAGUGACGGCCCUGCGGUUUAUUUACACAAGCAAUUUUGUGCAUUUCAUCCUGGGGAUUAAGAUAUUAGUCAUCAGAAGUUUCCAUCCAUGGCUGAAUUUAUGAGCUAUUGCAUUUAGAAGAAAGACAAAACAGAAAGUUGAUUUGCAAAAAUACACCAUACUCUGCUCUCAGCAAGGGCAACACUACUGAGAAACAAAAUCACCACAACCUGAGGGACUGAUAUGCAGCAAAACCACAAUGAGUCCUCAGAGUAUGUCUAUUCAUGGGACAGUGUAGGUUGUAUCUGAACGCAACUGACACCUAACUUUGCAUGUAUGUGACUAUCAUAGUCUGAGCGCAGUUUACAAGUAAGGGCCCUUAACACUUAUUUAAAAGUCUCAGGAAUUAUGAUAUGAAUAAUUCAAAGAUUUUAGUCCUUAAUAUGUACAAGCACUCCUCUUUUUAUUUGUGCAAAGUCUUUUCCAAGGUGACACUUGAACGAACUGAGACUUGAUAAAAUAUUUUUUCAAGUCUACACGUAUUACUAAGUCAAGUCAGCAAUUCAUGAUCAAAAUGAAGGCCUUUUAUCCGCCAUAAUUUUUGGGGUUCUUAAGAGAAUAAAAAGAAGAACUUAAAGCUCCUGCCAGGGGCAAGAACAAAUAUAUUAUGUUUUCUUUUCUUUUCUUUUAAAGGUGAAAUUUAUCGCUCUCUGUGAAUAUUUAAAAAGCGUUGUAUCAUUGGCGCAGUGUAAAUGAUCUCAUCUGACACCUGCCCUCUUGUGGUGUUUUCAGGCAUUAAUAAUUUCAGUAUAGGCUUUUAAAAUUUACAUAUGUAAGUGUCUGUCUAGUUGUGUAUGGUGUUGUUUGCUUUUGUAGGUCGUAAAAAGGAAUGAACUUUAGUCUUUUUUGUUGCAAGUUAAAAACUUUUCUCAGUAACUUUAAAGCUCUUGUGAGGAAUUUUUUGAUGUUUAUGAAAUAAACUGAAACUCAUACCAAUGCCUUACCAUGACAUCAAAAAUCAAACAAGACCAUCAGCAACAAGAUUGAUGAUUUUUCUGUGUUGUGAUUUCAUGAGCCUAAAACUUGUGUGCGGGGUAGGUAUCAGCUGAGCAGCUGAAGAAACAGCUCUUUUGCUUAUACUAAUUAACAAAAGAUGAAAUUCCUGAGCUUAAAUAAACAUGUUGAUUAAAAGAAAAUACAAAUGGCUCAGUAAAUAUUGCAUGAGGGAUCUCUGUAUUUCUGUCUGGCUAUAUGCAAUUAUUGCAUAUGGCCAUAUGAUAAUCUUAGCCUGUCAUGUGUUUUAGAUGGAUUAUUGACCUUCAUUAAAAAGAGAAAUACACUGUGUUGUGCUAUAGACAUCAAAAUAUGAUUGUUAUUUAUUGUAAGAUGCAACAUUAACCUUAUUAUUCACAUUAUAAAAGAAUUAAAAUUCAACAUAAAACAGUAACAGUUUUGGAUUUGAUAUACUGUCUUUUGGGGAGAGAAAACAUGUUGUCUUUUAGGAAAGGUGAUUGUGGCAUUGGACUUGUGAAGGCCACUGCCAACAUGAUGAUUGUAACUGAUAGGCCCUACUUGUCGUUUCUCCACCAAGUGGGCUAGGAUGACCCACUUUGGGAUUCUGGAUACUGAUGUAAUAUUUCAAAAAUUGGAUAGAAUCGUGAGAGUUAUUGUGGUAGACUCCAGGGAUAUGCCAAAGCUUUAAAAAACUGAAAAGUUAAUGAUUAUAGAGGGAAGCCAAGAAGGUUGUCUUCUUUUUUUCCCUGUUGGUUUCUGUCUCAAGAUGUACCCUGAUUCAUUUAAGACAUUUUACUUAACCCUUGGCACCAGGGAGUGUAGUUGGAGACAGGCCCUGGGGGUUUGCGUCAUUGUCAGUAAGCUAAAAGAAGACUUUGGGUUGUGAAAAAAUUUAGGAACUUCUUUCCAACUCCUUUAAUUUAUUUAUUUAGUAAACUUUAUAUUGUUUGAGUAUAUUCCUUUAAUAGGAGAUAGGACAGUAGAUAGAGUAACCUUGCACUUGUCAAGGACACCAGCUUUUUGCAAUGGGUGCAUGAUUUUACUACUGAGUUGCAUUGGCACUGCAAACUUGUCUUGUUUUUGGAAAUUAUACCAGCAUGAAACCAUGUGAUGUAGUGACUGAGAUGUCCUUUAAAGCUCUAGAAAGGAAUUUUUAGUUUGUGUAGAUUCUGGUGCCCCCUGUGGACAAAGUUAUUUCAUAUAUUUCUGGUCCAGUUACGUAUGAGAAGCAUGUUUUCAGGUAGAAAUCUUGUUGUGUUGUUUUUUAAAAGUGAAAUAUAUCACUUCUUGUGAGUGGUUGCCUCAAAGGCAAAUAUUUUAGCCUGCUGUCAAUCAUCAGGACUGACACCUACCCCGUCAUAGCAGCUUCAGACAAUAAAAUCUACAACAGAGAUACUCAAAGUCACGUUUUGGUCUUUUGUUUGCUUUUGAGACAUAAAUAGGUUUCAGUAUCAGUAGCUGUAUGUUACUCUUCUAGUAAAAAACUACUCACUGCUCAAGAUGCAAGAUAUUAUCAGCCUAAUAUGAAUCAUAAAAGUCAAACAAUUCAUUGUCAGAAUGUAAAAACAAAAAACGUGCUGAUACUGCAGCCAAUAUUUAGCAUAAAUUAUGUGCAGGCAAAAAUGGCUAAUGUCAGCUAACAUCGAGAGACUUUGUGUUUUUUAUGAUAAUAAAAACAGUUAAUAUCGUCUUUAUGAUAUUUUUGAUAAUUGUAUAUGAGUAGUAGAUAGGUACAUAUGCUACAAUCAUGCUUUUGAUAUAAAUUUAUGUUAUUUUGGUUGUAAAAAGUCGUGAAUUAGAUCUGUUAAAGGGAGCAGAAAGCCCAGCAAACAGUCCUCUUUCCUCCGGGUGUUUUGCCUUUUCCUCAAAAACUGAAGCUAAUCUCCUUCUGAUCUGUUCCAUCAGCACUUUCCACUACUGAUGUAAGAAAUAAUAAACAAACAUGGGCACCAAUAACAGUGACUGGUGUUACCAUUAUACAGUAAUUCCGCGUCCCCUCAUGUAGACAGACAUGCAGGUACUGUUCGAGCCAGUGAGUCACACACAGUGAGGGAGCAGACACAGUGUUGACACUGAGAGGCCACAGCAUUGUAUCCAGGUGUAUUCUGUCCUCAGCUUGCACUAACCAGGGGGGGUAUCCACUUCCACACGAGGACAGAGGACUCCUCAGUACGCCGGGGUUUGACUUAAAAGAUAGGAUUAAAAAGAACACUGAAAUCUGAGGCCUCUUUUAGAUGGAGGAGAAAGGGACUCUGAAGUUUGUGUAGCCCUCUUCACAAAGAUGCUCUUCAGAUAUGAAUGCUGGAGGCACGUAAGCUGAAGCGGUGUGCAAAUCACUCCAAACUGAGAAAAAGAGAGCUGAAAAAGAAAGACAGUGGCGAAUAAAAAGAAGGCAAAAAAAAGCAGACUACAUUUUGCCUCAAGUGUUGAGAAUAAAACUGUAGGGUGAGGGUUUCAAGCACAAAAGUGACUGAUUGUACCUUUGAAAAGGUGAUGAAACUGAUAAUGAACCGUCAUUACUGCAGAGGCGGCGAUGGAUUUUGAACUUCGAUAUGAUUUUAUGGGGAGACUCGUAUUUCUGAUAAUUUGGGGCUCUUACAUUAGAUUGCUUCUCUCCAGGUAAUUAGAUAGAUGAGACAGGCGCUUUGUACGCUGAGAGACUUCAUUCAGAGCAAAUAUAACCUGUGUUACACAAAAAAGAAAAACAAAUGGGAGAAUAGUAAGAGGCAUAAAAAUAAAUGCGUCAGGGCUUUUUUUUCAUCUACUGGGCACAGGCGUUGUAACUUUUAUCUAUUUAUCCACCCACUACUCAGCUCAGGCUCACCCUGCAAGUCACCAGAAAAUUGCUUUCACUGCAGAAGAACCUGUGAGCCUGACUGUUUAUCCUGUUUUUUUUUUUCUCACCCCAUCCCUGUUUUCUCCUCAUCCAGGUUUCUAAUGACUUUCCCUCUUCCACAUGCUUUCUUCAUACUCCCGUUCUCCUGUUUUUCUGUCUUAAAUUGCCCUUUUUCUAGCCCAUCUUCCCUCCAUAUUUCUCCUACUUUAGCUUUAGGGUAGUUUUCUUUCUUUCUAUGAACUAACCACUCCAUCACUUGGCUUACUAUUCCUGCCAUCUCUUUGGCUAUCCUCUCUCCUCUGUCCUCUCCUGUCAUGUCUGUAUCCAUGAGGAACCCUCCCCAGCGCCGGCGCUCUCUGGGUCCUGUCUCCCCCAAACGCAUCUAUAGAAACCUGUCAGUCAGGCUGCGGGGAGGAGAGUCAUCGGUUACCGGGGAGACAGAUACACCCAAACACCUCAGCAAGUCUGCAGAUGCUGUAAGAUAUUACAAGUUUGUAAUGAUUGACUCAGCUCAAGAUGUAUGAUUCACUAUGCUAAGUUUAGCGUACAAUAUGUAUGUAUUUUUGGGAGUGUAAGUAAACCAGUUGAUGUCAUAUAUGUAGAGAAAAGGUAACUCAUCAAAUUGUUAUAUGUGAUGUUUUAUCUUCAGUUUGACCACUUUACACUUGGGUUAAUAUUACCAAUGCUUUUAUUUUACAGGUUGUAAAAAGUUCUUAACCCUUUAAUGCCUGACACCACAAAUUAUAGCCAGAAAAUUUGUUGUUUUUUUUUUUAGCUGAAAUGUUUAUUUCACUUACUACUGAAUACCAAAACAAUCAAAAUGUCCUUAAAAUUGAACAAAUAUAUUUAUUUAUCUCGUUUGAUACAUUAGAUGUUUUUGGAAACUAAUAAACAGGGUGUUUUUUUGUAAUUUGUUGAUCAUAUUGAUUUGAUAUAGGAAUAUAAAAGUAUGUAUUGAAUAUGAUACAAAAGACAUUAAAGGGUUAACUUUGUAAUCAUAAUUUUUGAGGGUAAAUGUGACAGCUGAAAGAAUUAUCAUUAGUGAAAGAACACUGGUUGUAUUUGCAAGGGGCUUAAAGAUGAUCAAGAAGAAUACAGUAAAAUGAUUUUGCUUGUCAUAUAUUGCUCUGGUUAAGUGGUCAUAUACCAGAUUAACCAUACACAGUCUUCAUGCAACUUUAUCUUCAUUUUCUUGAUCACAUUGCUCUCAAACUAUGCCACACUACAAGAUUCUAUCUGUCAUCUGUGCUUGUUUACAUCUGGAUAGUAGAGCAUUAUAGCAGUAGCCUUGAACCUGCCACAAUCCUGGCAGGUGCCAAGUGGCUGUUUAGUAUAUUAGUAGCUACAUAUGAGCAUCCAAGACCUAUAAUUAUAAAACUAAUAGUAGUUUGUUCAACUGACUCAUAAUUUUAGUGAACAUUUAGCGCUGAGGUCAGACUGUGUGUUUUGACCACCAUUACAGCCCAAUUCAGCAGACGUUAGUUUCAGAACUCAUCUGUCUCGAAAAUGUAGGAACUCUUCAACUGGUGCUUUCCAUGACAGAAGAGAGUAAUGACGUCCAAGUGCACGGCAGAUAGCGCCCUCUUCUGUUUCAAAGGGAUGUCGCAUUACAAUUAACACUUGACCAAUCUUAAUCAUUCUUUAUGUCUACAGAUUUCUAACCUUUCUAGUGAGGUACCAUUACAUCUCUACUUUUUUAGUGCUCAAUUUGGCUAAAGUGCUCUCCUGUCCUCUGGCUGGGUUGUUUAAAGUUAUGAGAGCUCAUCCUGACAUUUGGUGCUGACUCUGUUACUAUCAAUGCAUUAUCCAAGGCGAGACUACACCUCUGAUUUAUGAUAAGAUUUAUGAGCCCUAUUUUACAGUCUUGUCCACUGUCUCUCCCUGCACAGCAGCUCCCUUCCCUCUACUGAAGUAAAUAAGCCUCUUAUUUUGAUAUAAACUCUCUUCUUUUGUCUUGAUUCCCGCAACCGCCCCCGCACACUGACCUUGCACCCUUUCCCCUGCUCCCCAUUAGUACAAGUCCCUGUGGGAAGCUGUGGAAAAUGAAGAUACUUUGGCUGUGCAAAGCCUGCUGUCCAGAGACCACACCAACUGUGGGGGAGGUGGAGGAGGAGGAGGAGUAGGAAGCAUGUGGGAGAGAGGAGAGAAGAAAAGCAAAGACUGGGAGAGAGAGAGAGAGAAGGGGGUGAACAGGGUGAGCGAUCAGGGCCUGGUCCCUCUGGAUGUCGCCGCCCUUACCCACAAUUCCCCUCUGCUACAUGUGCUGGCAAAGGCAGGAGCCAGACAUAACCCUGUUUGUGAGUGUUAUGAUUCCAGACAUCAUAAAAACAUCCAAUGUUUUAUGCUUGGCUUUAAUUCAAUGCAAAUUAUAUUCAUAAUCUCUUCUUUCUGUUGCCAUCUGGGUCUUUCUUUAUUUCCUGUCAGUGUGCCGACCAGCAGAGUGGGAACUCAAGCUGGAUGCUCUAGUGGCACUGGCAGGUAAACGGGUGGAGGAGAAGAAGAAGGAGUUGCUGAGGAAAGUCGGGGUAGGGCCUCAGGCACAGGCUGACGUCCACAGACACAUCCAUCUCUGGAGCCUCAGGCUGCAGCUGUACUGCAGAAUGAGAGAGAAUUUCCAGAACACAGGUCAGUUUUCUAGGGUCAGCUUGUGGCAUUUCUUUGACGACAGACUCAGACACAAACAAGGUCACACGCCCUUCGUUUUCUAACUUUUUUUUGAAUGGUAUUCUCUCUGCUUUUUCUGUCUUCUUUGAACUCAAUCACAACAACUAUCGUUUUCUCAGCUCUCCUCUCCUGACUUAAUUUUGACACUUCCUUGCUACUUUAACUUUCCCUUGAGUCUCUCUUUACUUAUCUGAAAUUAAUACUCUGGCUUGCCAUCAACAUAUCCACGUUUUACAUGCCCUACACUCCCUCAUCUAAAUGUCACUGAAUUCAUACAGCAGAUUCAAAGUCCACAAGCUUUAGAAAUUCUGCAUCACUUUGCUUCACCACUGUGGCUUCACUUUUUUGCACUGACCUGCCCCCCCAACACCAAAUACUCCAAAAUGUCAUCUGCCUUUUAAAUAAUUAUGUGAUUUAACUCCCUCUGUAAUUGUUCUAAUUGCUCUGAAUAAAACCCUCUACUUAGCUCUUAUUUGAUUUCUGUUUCUCUCACUGUCAGCUCUCUUCCCUGACUGUUUUACAGCCACAGUAUUAUUGCUAGAGCAAUAUGGCACUGCACCUCUUCGUUGGGCAAUACAAUUAAGCCCUCUGUUACUACAAAUUUCACUAUGAAAGACUUGGAGAUAAAGGCUUGAAAUGUAAAAUAUUGAUCGGCUUUUGCCUACAGGCCUAUGACUUAAUCUAAUUAUUCAGGGUCAUGGCUUGGCUCAUAGUUACUGUGGUUCAAACUGGAGAAAUUCAUCUUUGACAGAGCUGCUGCUGAGGCUUUACAGAGUUUUAUUAUGAUAAAUAUGACACAGAACAUUUCAAUACAUUAUGCUAUGAUAAUGCACAGUAUGACACAAAACAAUAUGAGAUAAUGUGAUACACUUGACUGUCCCCUCAGGAAAUUUGUCUCAUGACUUCAGGAAGGAUGUGUAGUCAGCUUAACAUCCUUGUUAUUUUGCACUAGAAUUACAGUCCAUUUAACAAGUCAUUCAUGUUUUUAUAAGUGUAAGUAGGCCUGGAGUGUCAGUCAUAUAUUAUGUCUAAGCAAGUAGUGCAGACGCCUUCUACUUUCCAGGGCUGUAAUUCAAUUCACUUUCAUUUGUGUGGCACAUUUCUUACAAACAGACUCACUCAGUGUGCUUUACAGGAUAUAUAAAAACAAAUAUAAAUGAAAUUAUCAACACAGAACAGUCAAAGUAUUUAUAAAACACUAUAAUGCCAUAUGCUAUAAUGGUGCUGUAAAGCUCUACUACUCGGAUGUACAUAAGCACAGAUGAAAAACUGCAUCUCGUAGUGCAGUGUGGUUUGAUAAUGAAUAUUAUUAAAUGAAUUUUGCUCAAGUUGACCUUUCUUGAAGUUAAACAAGAGGAUAGGACAGAAGAGGAGGCAGAAAACUUAAAGAGAGAGAGUGGGGAAUGAUUUGUGAUCAAGGUGGAUGAAGGACUACAGCCUCUAUACGUACAUGGAGCUCACAAUUCAACCAUAUGGCCAAACUGGUUCUCUCUGACUGUUUUCAAAGCUUUUUCUGACAUUUAGACUUGUUGGUUGGCUGGAAUUUAAAUUUUUUGUUUUGUUUACAAGGAGAUUAGUCAUGUUGAAACAACCCUAGACUCUAGUGCUGCGCAGAUUUAGCAGCAUAAACACAACAUAAACAACUGAAAAAGAUGAAAAUGUCAUGAUGCUUUUUCACAGCCUCUGCAGCCUCCAGUAAAAUUAUUAAAAACUUUGAUUGAGGCUGGCACAAAUCGGUUCUUUUAAAAAGUUUAGUUUGAGUUAGAGCUCUGUAUCAUCUGCCAGAUGGUGAAAAGCUCCUACUCAGGGCGGAGGAAGUGGGAUGGGUCAGACAAUACUCUCUGCAGCUGCCCUGAAGCAGACUGCUGAUUCCUUGGGAAACUUUUCACUGUAAUAUAAGAUGUAAUCAGGUCAGGGCACAGGGUCAGUUACAGAGCAGUGCUGAGGCUGAGGUCCAGGAAAACAACAUUUAUACAAGACAUUAAAAUGGCAAGACUCAAUACAGUAAUAAAUGAACUUUUCUGUUUUUGUUGUUUCGAAUCUUGUUAUUCGGUGUUAUUAGUUCUCAUUUUGCGUACUGUUCUGUCUUAAUGUUUUACAUAGAGCUUCCAGGCCCUCCCAGCCACGUGUCCAUUGUGGUGACCAGCUUCUCAUCUCUGUUUUUGACAAUCAAAGAGCCUGAAGGAAACACCAUGGGGCUCAUCACUCGAUACAGAGGUAAGUGGAGAAUAACAAAACUUUGAUUUUUCGUGGAUGGAACAAUGAUUACAUAGAUUUUAGUGGAACAGGAGAUGUGACCAAAACGUGAACAAAGAUAUGAUAGAUCAAUAAAGAAUAAUAAAGUCAAGGCCUUGCACAUCAAUAAGGCUGCAAGGUCUCAUAGUUUUGCUCCCUGGUUUCAAAGCUCUAAAUGUGAUUCUGUGCAGCUAAGGAAAGAGUGAGCCUAGGUGCAGCAACUUCCCACAACUGUAAACAAAGAAAUCCCCAGUCCCCCUAUUGAAGCUCCUGUAAAUCCACAGAAUAAUCUUUCAGUAAGAUUGUUUUGUGUUCUCAGUGGAAUGGAGCACCUCAGCGAACUUCAAACGCAUCCUCGGCUCAGCACAAGUUACAGAGACAAAGAACCCAUCCCACAGUAUAAAGGGACUCACGGCAGUAAGUAAGACACAUAAGCACACAGUAUAGCACUCACCAAGUUUGUUGUCGUGGUUUUUACUAACAAUACACACACCUAUAUACCAGCAAUCACACAUACUCUAGCGGUUUAAGGGUAUGCAAAUUAGCACACAAAUUACAUCAACUCCUAUUUAUACACAGAUUGUAUUUAUCGCUCCUCGUUCAACAUCUACUCACCACUUACUGAAAGAGAACCCUCUCAACCACCUUACUUAACCAGAUGAAUUAGUAAUGAGAACAGCAUGUGUUUUAUUUGCCCUGGAAUGGAUGAUUCGGGAGGUUAAUGCACGGUGAUAAUUUGGAUGUCUGGUGCCUCUCCAACUGUAGGGAGUGCAUUACUUUGUAAGAGUGAGUGCCUUCAAUGUGAAAGGAUGGGGGCCCCCACAGUGCUCCACUCCAGUCAGCGCUGCCCCCUCCAGUGAGUAUCCUGAACUGCAAACUUUGAUGAAUGUGGGUGUCACACUCUGACAUUUUUUUUUUCUCUCUGUGCCUGUGUAAUGAAAUUAUUUUGCUGACAUCUAGCCUGAUGUGAAAAAGUGGGAUCCACUCAUGGCUGGUAGAUAACAGAAUUAUGAAAAUAUGGAGAAUUAAAGAUGUCACAGGGAAUCAAUCCUCUUUGUACUAAUGCUACUGUAAGUUUGAAUUUUGCACAUAAUCUUUCUAGCAUGCCAUCUACUCUCUCUUACUGUAGCACUUGAUGUUAGAUUGCAGUGAUAUUAGAUUUACUGCAGUUUGUUUCUACAGUAAGAAAUUAAAACAAAACAACAACGUAAAAAACAAAUUAAGAUUCAAAAACUGCCCCAAUACCUUAAGAGUCAAGACGCUGCUGAAUAUUGAUGAAAACAAAGCAGUGCAAAGACUGAAAGUCAAAAGCUGAAAGUGAAUACUAUUAUUGUUUGACGUGGACAAAAAAGCACUGAAAAAGUUGUGCAAUGCUGUAAAAACAUCCAGAGAAAUGUCUUCUUAGGUUAAUUUUCAACAGGUUGGUAAGAUAUUUAUGAAAAGGUCCCUCCAGACAGGCUGAGUCUCUCAAAGAUGGGAAGAGGUCCACCACUUUGCGAGUUACCAGGAGAGGAAAUAGUCCAACAGUUUCAGGAUAAUGUUCAACAAUGCACAACUGCAAAGAAUUUGAGGAUUACGUAAUCUACAGUACGUAAUAUCAUUGAAAGUUUCAGAGGAUCUGGAGAAAUCUCUGAGCUAAAGGGACCAGUAACUGAUACUAGAAGACCAUGCCCACAGGCAGCACUUGCACACUAAAGUGGAAAUCACUACAUGAGCUCGAAAUCCCAUCCAAAAACCAUUGUCUGUGAACACAGUUUAUCACUGAAUCCACACAUGCAGGUUAAAACAGUACCAUGUUUUGUAUUUUGUAUGUCAGAAACAAAGAUGUGGUGGUGGGAGUGAUUUUUAUCAUGUUGCAGUGAUGGCCUAGUAACUUUGCUCAGCUAAAACUUUCUUUCUAACUUUGAAGGGGAUGUACUUUUUAGUAGGUCAGAGUGAAUCAGCACCCAAACUUUCCGAGUCACAGCGCACAGAUGGUCUCUCAUGCAAUCUCUCUUGCUUCCUAAUCACCAUGAUAAGAAAAAAAGCAGCACUCUGGGCUCUUCUGCAAAUGAGUUCUUGAUGUCUUGAAUGAUUUUACCUAAUUGCCUAAAAAUUAAAGUGAUUAUUUUUUUCUCGCUGUUUUGUUUUUUUGUUAGGUUGGAGAGAGUGCAUCGGUGUGAAAUCACAGCUCAGAAAUCAUGAGGGACUUGUGAGGAAGCUGCUGGAGGACGCCAGAGAACCAACUUAUAGGGGAUUCUGUAUAGGUAACACAGGUUUUUUUAAGGUUAUUUUGGGGGCUUUUCAUGCUUUUACUAAGAGAACAGGACAGUCGAUAGGAAAGGAAAGUGGAUGGAGGGAGUUGGGGAUAACAUGCUGCGAAAGGUCCCAGCUGCCAACUAAAAGGACUUUAGCCUAAGUCCAUAUCAUGAAAAAGGAAGCAAAUUGAUUCAGAGUACCCAUCAUCUGAGUCUGACUCAAGUUCUUAUUACAUCAGAGUGUUUCUGACAUUGAUAAAACUGACAGAAUUUCAUAUUGAUGCCCUUAUAUGACAAAACACAAGUGAUGAAAGAAACUGUGGUCUUAAACUUCUGGUUUGAUGCAAAAACAGUUGCAAGGAGGUAGGUGUCACUAGAGAAAAAACUGCAUUUCCCACAUGAAAUAUUCUUGAGAAGUGAAACCUUCGACAGUCAAACCUCAGCAAUAUUAAGGAUUUUUUUCAUCAAAAAUCACCACGUAUGCAUGUAGAGGACAGGAGAAGCAUAGUCUGCUUUGUCCACAGGGUGGCGCCAAAAUCGACACAAACUGAACGUUCCUCACAGGAACUUGAACUGAAAAAAAUCUUUCCAAUUUCUUUUUAUAGCACAUUUUAGCAAAAAGGCAAUUCAAAGUGCUUUACACAGAUGUUUGAGGAAUCAUCACAGAGGUCACAAAACCAUUAAAAGACAACACGUAGAAUCAUUAAAAAACAGCAAAAACUGGAGGUUAAAAAACAGUCGAUAAAAAAACAAUAACACAGUAAUGUUGAUUUGUUCAUAUUAAAGGACUAUGUUAGACAAUCCUCUGGACAAGCAAGUCUUAUUGACCAGCCAGAUGCAGAGUCACAAACUGGUUUUGUCUUAGUUGAAAUGAAUUCUGUACUUAAUUCACCUCAGAGCGUCUUCCCAAUGAUUAAAACUAACUGAUUGGUUUGGAAGAAAAAAUGAAUAAACUCAAGAAUAAAUAAUCAGAAAACAGUGCUUUAAUUUUAGUUGAUGGUUAGCCUGUAUUUUUAUUUGGAAAGAGAGAUUAACUAAAGAAGCUGUCAUUGCUAAGAUUGGGAAUAUGAGGCAUCUUGUGGAGUUGGACUAAAGUCAGGGUUUGAUAGAUAACUGAGUAUUUGAUCUUAAAGUUCAUUUGCACCACAGUUUCAUAAAAAUCUAAAUAGUGCAGAACAACUAGUGAGUAUGAGAUCACUUCUGUAACCUCUGUUAGUCCUCAGGUGUUGAGUUAAACUUCAUAAGAGGAUCCAUGUUUCUCAUUUAAGUGAUAUCUUCUGUAAUAUUAUUUAACACUCACUGUUGUGUAGAUUAAAUGAAGCCUACAGUUAUGACUGCUUUUUCACAAGAAUGCAGCUUAAUUCUCAUGAGAUUAUUAUCUUGUUAAUGUAACCAUUUUCCUGGCAUGAGUUCGUUUUUAAAAUGUGUACUCAAUUUAAUCUGGCCGUUAUCCUCUGUCCUUCAUGUAUUUAGGUUGUGUCUGUAUUCUCUCUUGUCUGUCACUUUUUAUUUUCACAGUAACAUGCCACCCCCAGAGAAAAGAAAAGCAAUUAAGCAAAGUCCCAGUUUUCCUCUAUAACUGCUGGUUUGACUCCUGGCGACAACUGUUCGCUGCAUUACUUCCCCUCUCUUUACUCCUCAUAUUUCAGGUCUUUCUCUCGGCUGUCCUUGUCCGAUAAAGACAAAAAAAACAACCACCCCCAAACAAACAGCUCAGAUGCAUUAGUGUUACUUAGUGAAAGAUCUACUCAAGCUGGGGGCUGUUUAUAGAAGCAGCAUGCUUGUAUCAUUUGUAUAAACUUUUUUCACCCCAGGAAAAAAAAAGUCCCUCCAUCAUGCAGCCAAAUCUGUGUUAUAUGCACAGUGAAUGCACUCAGGCAGAUGAAGUGAUUCUCAUCCGGUCUGAUCCUCUCCUCCUCCACUCCACAGAGAGCUCUAAGCCCCAGAGUCCCAGCAAGCGUCUGUCUGUGUCCCGAGGCAUCAAACAACUGUUCCAGUCUGCCACCAAGUUUGUUCGUCUCCUACAGAGGUAGUGCUCCAUCUGUCUUACCUGUCCCUUUGUGUCCCGAGGGGGCAGGGGGUAGCGGAUUAAACGUGACGUGAUUACAGCGUCGUGGACUACAAAGCAGGAGUCCAGAGUCGUACCUGUCACAGUUAUUGAAAAGAACAGUUUCAUAAAAGCAGCUGUAGGCUUCAGAUUAGAGGAGAGCUCUUGAGAGGAGGAUGAUGUUUAAAAUCACUGGACUGUGGAAAGUGGCACGUGGCUGAUCAAAGCUUCACACUGCUACAAGCAUUCAGUGGACCGCACUCUCAAUACAGCAGUGAAAAGUGGAUAAAUGGUGCAGCCUCUAAGUGGAAUUAAUAGGAACCACUGCAGGGAAGACUGCAUGGAUGAAACAAAUUGCUGUGGGGGUUUGGAAGUAAUUGCUUUUUUAAUGUAGACACAAACAGUAUUUGCAUAACUCACAGUAAGGUUUUGUGUUAUUUAAGGUUGACAUUAAAAAUGGAGAAGUAGGAAUUUGACUUUAUUUUAAUCUGUAACAAUGAUAACUCAGGAAUAAUGCAUGGUGAACUGGUGUUAUUCAAAUAAGGAUCCCAAGCGUGUCCUGCUCAUCCUUCUGAGGUUUUGAUUUGCAUACAUCCAUUCACCACUCAUUAUCACAGUUAUUACCCCGAUGCCAACUAACAUGUUAACACAAAAUAUUGAUUUAAAAUGAUUCAUCUAUAAGGUUACAGUUGAAGUAGUCCUAAUUCAGUAGCGGCAACACUUCCAUGACCUGAUUAUUUGUCAUAAUUCACAGUAACCUGAGUAUUUCUGUUGAAGGUAAUAUUAAACAAGGUGAAUUGGGAUAUUUAUGUUGGCAUUCCUGUCGUUGUUCAGCUCUUCUUCUCAGAGAUUUGCAGUUGACAGGUUGAGCAUGGUGUUAGUUCAGGCAGACCGCAAAGUCAAGCUCAGCUCACAGUGCAUCAGCUGUUCUUAACACCAGCCCACAGCCCAGCUGAUCACUUUCUACAUGUCAAAUCAGGUGUUGAUUUGAACUGCUUCACUCUGUCUACUCUGGCUACAUCCUCUACAGAUUGUGUUUAAUUUGACCAGCUUCAUGACUGCUCUGUACCGUGGGUGGUCUUUGCUUAAUUUUUUCUUCUGCCAUUGAUCUCAUCAGGGGUGUGUACUUGGCUACUGUGUUCUACUACAAAGACAAUAUCCUGGUGACGGCUGAGGAUCAAAUUCCACUGGUGGACAUCCAGUGCUGCUCCACCUCCAUCACCCAUGACUUUGCUUGGUUUGCCAAAGUAAGCUCUAACAAGAAGUCAGUUAAUACAGAGGAAUGCAUGUUGAUAAUGUUUAAUUCAAACCGACACGUCUUUAGUUGUUUUAUCUGCUGAUUCUGAUGCUGAACUUAUCUGGUUCAAAAGCUGUGAAGUGCAGUCCGGAGUUAAUUUGAAUCAUUUCUUUUCUUCUAGUUGUCCUGUGCAUGGCAGCAAGUCCCCUGGCUCCAGCAGGCUCUCUCCUCCGCUCACUCCUCCCCCUCCUCCCUCCUUCAGAACAGGCACAACAUUUUACGAGCUGUCUCCCAGCUGCAGGUAGGAACUUAAGCAGCUUACUCUGCAUGAUAAGCAGCACCAAUGGGUUAAAUAGUUUUAAUUAACAUUUGAUAUUAAUUCUUCUUCCUCCUUCAUUCUUCUUACCUGCAAAUGCCUUGCGUCCAUAUCUCUUGAAAACACUUCUACAACCAGAACUUGUGUUUCAGCUCAUUAAUCCCUCAUAUUUAUUCAUUCAUGUGUUUCUGGUCUGUGUCUUCACCUCUCUGCCUUCAGUCCUCUUUGGGAACAAUGGAUCUGGGCCAGGUGUACUAUGAACCUCUGAAAGACCGACAGGGCAACGUCUUACUUGUGACUCUGAGAGAGUUCCCACUGCCUCACAGGUGAGAAAGAGUGGUUUAUUUUAUGCAGAGGGACUUUUUAUUCAGUUGAAAAACAGUGCAAAGCAGCUCAUGUGGCUUUAACCUCCAACUUGUCUAUGAAGGACAACUUUCCCCACAGCUGCUCACCACCGUGUCUCACUGUUUCACUGAAACAAACAUUUUAAAUCUGACUAGAUUAAGUUUUCAAUCAGUCUGCUUGACUCCAUUAAUCUCCCUCAUUCCCAAGAGAGAAGAAAACCUAAUCAGGCAUCAGCCUUGCUAAGCAAACAUGCACAAUACAGCCUUCAGGAAAACCAGUCUUUCUUUCAAUUCCCUCUCUUUGACUGGCUUUGUUUUUUGUUUUGUUUUUGUAUGAAGAAAUCAAACUUAAUACUUAAUCCAAGGAUUACAUUUUCACUCUGCUCCAGCCCUCCUGACCCUCCGCUCCACUGGUUGCCUCUGGCCCGCCUGGAAAAGAACCGCAGCAGAACUCCUCUGCUGCCAGAGCCCACUGCCAUGGAUACGCUCUACGAGCAGCUCAAGGUGAAUCUGUGUUUGUUUAACAGAGAGACAUGAAAAAGGUCAUGGCCUGUCAUGCCCACAGGAUGUGACGAGGACUGAGUGCAAAAUGACUGAGAGACUGAUUUUAAAAGCAGAUAGUGCAGCUUAUGUGUUUACGUAACCUGCGCAGAUUAGAAAAUAAGGUUUCAUCUAAUUCAUGAAGUACAAAAAGGGUUAAAUGUACCAGAAACUGCAGAGAAAAUGGCACCUCAGCGCACUGAAGCUGUCUGCGUGUAUUGAAAUGAAGCACUCCGGGGGGGGAAAUAGGCCUCUUUCUGUAAAAAUAAAAAUAAAAAAAAAACAUCAAUUUACAUUUAGUGCACCAACAGCUUCUCAGAGUCAAAGUGAAAAUGUUCAUGUCUUCUUAAAGUUGGAGGUAACAGCAGUAGUUUGCACCCAAAUUUUCCAAAGAUCAUAACAACAAUUCUACCUCUGGAUGAUCAAAAGAAAUAUAUAUAUUCACACAAAUCUCUUAAUAUAACUUUGACUAGAGAUAAACUGGUUGGUCAGACCAAUGAAAGGCAAUGAAAUAUCAGCAUCAGCUAAUAUUGAGGCUCCUGAGGGCCCCUGCUCAACGGGCUCAUCAUCCGUAUUUGGGACAGGUUUGAUUUCUGUCAGGAUAAAAGCUGCAGAACUUUAAGACGUAUUUGUGCCUGAAAUAAAAAAAUGUUGAUGUGCUUUGUGACUUGGACCUUGAGAUGAAGUAGAUAAUGGGGAUGCAUAAUAGGCAAUUAUGAUGCAGUUAGCGGCUGCAGUUCAUUCACUAAGAAUGGAUUGGCUGUUCUGACUUGAAAAUCACUUUAGAAUUAGUUCUGCAAGACCAAACCAAACUACCUGAUUAAAUGAACACAGAUCAAGAAAAAAGCAAAUAAAAGGCAUCUAUAACUCCUCCUCAUUGUACCUUAUGAUCUUUUGUCCUCCAGGAGAAACUCUCCUUCCACAGGCACAGCAAUCAGUGGGGCCAGCCUGGUCUGUAUGUUGGCAUCCUGAAACUGUGCAGUUCAGUCGAACAGAUCCGGGUCCUGGUGCCUCAGAGGCUGCCCAAUCUACUGUGCCAUACCCGAGUGCGACACAACGCCCACGUUACCAGGUGACACAUUGUGCCAGGUCAAUCACAAGUAGCACUGAGGGAUUGAAAAGACUUAACUAUUUGAUGUUGAACUUCCUCAGGAUAAUAUCCCUUUGUCUUCGUCUGUCAGAUUGGGGUUGAAAACGUGUCAGAAAAUGCAGUCAAACAAGUUAUUCUGUCUGUUUUGUCUCACCACCAGGUUUUAAAGUGCCUUUGCCAGUUAUGUUAUGAUUUUUUUUGACAGGGAGGAGUGGGAAUGGCUCCAGAGUCAUGUUUACACUACAACUAAUGACAGCGCUCAGAACCUGCUGGGCGGUGAGGAUGAGAGCUUGAUGGAGAGCAGCGUGAUGUUGGAGUUCAUCAUGUCUCUGAGAGCUGCUGUCACACAUUUACUUACAAAGCUCAACAUUCCCCUCUACAGGGUAAAAGACCGUCAAACAGCCUCAUUCCUGAGUUUGAUGUGACGAGAAGAAGAGACAAAAAUAAAAAACAGUUCAACAUUGAGCUUCAACACUUUUUCAUUGCAUUUGCACCUGUUUUUUGUGUAUGACAGGCAUAUCAGUAUGGUGUGUACACCCGGGAGCUUCUGCAGUUUGGAGACAAGGUGUCCAUGAUCCUGCUUCUUCCUCCCAGUGAGGACUUCAGCUCAAGCUACUGGCCUCUGGUGGGGACAAAGGAGCCUGGGCUCACCAUGCCCCUGCAGAUCUUUGAGCUUGGUGGGUGGAAAUCUGUAGCUUUAUUAAUUAAAGAUUCGUUAAUAAUAAUAACGCUGGGUUUUUAAGACCUGCUGUAAAAAAAAGAGGCUCAUAAAAAUGAGCUCUGAGUUAAAAAAGGGCAACAAAAAAAAAACCAGUGUGAUUCAUAAAACUGUGGACCUCGAGGUGAGGAUUAGUACCUCGCUGGGUUACUUUAAUUAAAAACAGCAUGGUGCCUUACAAGCCUUUGAAUUAAAAAAAGACUACUGCACUGCAUCAAAUACUGUAAGGAGGAAAUAACAAAUCUUUUUAUUCGGUUUACACAUCGCUAAAAGCAAAAAUGUGUUUUUAUCUUCAAAGGAGCCAGCUGGAAAAUGAUCCAAUGAACUUAAAUAUCACCCAUGAAAUAUACUGAAACCAUUACAGGUCAGGUUGCAGAGUGUAAUUUGUAAAGUACACAUUAUCUGAUGCUCAGGUCUUUUGAAGGGAAGUCACUUUUAUUCUUUUUUUGUGUCUAAUUACUUCUUUGAUCUGUUUUUCUCCACGCUUUAGGAUUUGUUUUGCCUCCAAUUUAAAUCCAUCUUUCCUUCCUCUCUCGCCUUAAAAACUCCCGCGCUCAAAGUGUGAUAAAGUGUGCUAAUGAGAUCUGAGUCUAUUUUUCCUCUCUGCUUUGAUGUAGUGAUUUGUCUUUGCCUCAUCACCAGUUCACUUCUGGACAUAUGAGAGGGACUUUCUGUCUCAGUACUGCCAGGCCUGGGUGAGACUGGAGCUGGAUACUCAUCUGGCCCAGCAGGCUCUGCGAGAGGCGCUGGACACCAAAGAGGUGCAGGAAGCCCGAGAGCGCCUGAACCACAUCACUGAGUUUACCCAUGUAAGAUCAGCUGAAACAAAUGAGAUGUAGAAGAUGGUUGUGCUUACUGACUUAACUCUGCUGCCACCUCUUCUUUAGCAUCCAGUUGUCUGUUGUUUUGAAGCUUGAAAAUAGUGUCAAGACAACACACCAAGUGUUGAAACUGAAGAUGUGACUGUUUUAUGAAAAAUACUGCAUAGACUCGGUUUAAAUUGUUUGUGAGCAACACAUUUCAGAAACAAGAGUGGUUUUGCAUCACCGCUUCUUCUGACAACACCCUGUCAACAUUUGGAAGACCAGUCUCUGAAGUUUUAAAAGUGAAAUGUUGUCCAACUGUUGCCUGAUACAGGAGUUCAGCUGCUCAACAAUUUGGAGUCUCCUUUGUCAUAAAUAUUUUAAUGAGUGACAAGUCAGGACUGUUUAAACUGCAGGCCAGUUUAGCACCUGGACUCUUUUAAUACAGAGCCGUGCUGUUGUAAUACACACAGACUGUAGUUUGGCAUCCUCUAGCUGUAUUAUGCAAGGUCCUCUUUAUAAAGUCAUUGUCUAGGUGGCAGCACAUGUUGUUCUAAAAUCUGCAUAUAUUGUUCAGCAUCAUGGUGUCUGAAAGCUACCUCUGCUGUGGGGACUUAUACAUCCACGUAUCAUCAGCUGAGUGGUCUUUUGUCUUUUUCAAGUGGGUGAUAUAGUGUCCAUGAGGUCAAAAAGGACUGUCAAAUGUGUAUUUGUUAGACCACCAAUGGGUUUGGCCAAGACUGUGUUUCUAUAUCAUCUUUUUUCAUGGUUCAUCUUUGCAUGGGACAGUUUCAACCUGCAUUUGUAUUUGGAGGUGCAAACUCAGUUCACACAGACACAGACAGUCAUUUUAGGGAUUGAUUUUGAGCCCAUGCAGUGAUUUCCACUGUAGAGUCAUGACUUGAGAAUUGGGAUUGGGAUUGUAGAAAUAAAAGCUAUUUAUCUAGAUUUGCCAAUAAAAUUACAAAAAAAAGCUUUUGCAUUUUUGAGUUUUAAAACAUGUUUAGGCUCUCAUGAGAGUUUGAAAGUCUAAUUUUUAGUAAGAAAAGAUGCAUAUGUUGUGUUUUAAUAAUCUGUACGAAGCAUUCUAUUGAAAUCACUUUUCUUAGCAGGCAAAAAAAACAAGGACUAGCAGUUUUUGUUUAGUUGUGAAUCAAAGCACUUCCCUGCAUGGAAUAAUGUCUUAUUUAUACACAUUUAACAUAACAGACAGGUUUACAUCUGCAAAGUAGCAGCAACCUUUUCAAAUGUGCCAUCAGCUGGUGGAAUUGGCCUUCUACUUCGGAAGAAAAAGUGGGUCAUCAAGUGCUGUAAACUUUGUCAGAAUUUGCUCUAGUUUUGGGUUGUCUCUGCUAAACUUUUUGUGGUUAUAAAAUCAGCACUGCAGCACUCUCUUUUAUGUGAACACUAGGCUUGGCUACUGCUACUUUAUAUUUCUUUGAUACGUUUAUGUUGCAAUGAGGACUUUGAGGUGACUGGAAGAUUUGGUGUGUCAAAACUUGAGAACUUUUUUUUCACCCAUUCUUGUGUAGCUGUGGCAUGUUUUGCAAAUUACAGUUUUGUUAUCCUUCUCUGAAACUGUUAAAAACAUACACACUGGAGCCAUUUUUACUGUUUGGUCAGCUUUUUGUGGCUGAUGAGGGAUUGCAUACUGCCCCCUACUGUGUUGCAAUGGAAAGGCCUGUCAACACGUAAAUGAAAGCAACUUUUGUCAAUCAUAUCAUCAGAAAAAUAAAUCAUGGCCAAUGUGUCGGGCUAAUUUACAUCCCUGCAUGAAGGAAUGACUCAGUUUCAGUCUGACGGUGCUGUCUUUGCCCUCUUGUGUCCGUAGCGUCUAGAUUUGCUGUGGAGGGAUGCUCGCUGGAUUAUGGACUGUCUACAGUGUGUUCGUUCAAAGCAGUGGGUGGGGGCAGUUCCUCUUGGCCUGGUGAUGGGCGGAGACCCACCUGCACGUCCUGAUGGUGAAGAAGAGGAGGACAGUUUGACUGCCAGGCUGACGUGGCCCCAUCGGACACAAGCACAGCGAGCCAUAUCAGGUAGAAUGAAGAAGAGGGUAUCUAUAUAUAGAGACAGACAACAUGUCUCCAAAUAUUUAAAAGUGAAGACCAAAUGAGCGCUUUUCAAUAAUUGUGUCAUGUUACAUUUUAGUGAUAUAAACCUGAAUUUAUGACUUAUUAGACGUUCAUUUCCACUUCAGAGUGUUCUGUCAGUGGGACUCCUCCAAACGUGGUCACAGCUGAGGUCUCAGCUCCAGCAGGAAUCCUGGAUGCCCCCGAGGAAGCCGCUCUGGUGUUGAUGGAAGGUGUAGCGAAGGGAGGAUAUCCUGUGGACAUUGCAGCUCAGUCCACAAUGGACCUGACGAGCAUUGGACAGUCAGAGAUAGAUUGUGCGAGCGCUUUGAUUGAGUCUGGACUGGAGCCUGCCGCCGUUGCACAGUUAGACAUGGGUUUUGCUGUUUUGAAUACUCAGGUAUCCUGUGAGGAGGAGGAAUUUCCUCCCAGCAUCACUGAGGUGAUCCGGCCGAUGGAGAUGGCAGAGUUGGUGGACAUUUUACCCACGCUGAGUCUGAUUGAGGAGGAGAUCCCCAGUGGGCCAUCUACACCCUCGGUAAUGGAUAUGUUGGAGAGUUUUGGUCUGGGGAUCGGAGAAAACAACUCCUUCUUUGAUUUGGAGGGUUCAAACCUGAUGAACGGAGCAGAGAGUGUGGAUUUCAGCCGCAGCAACAGUGUGGAAACCACACACUGUAACAACUCUGUGGCUCAAGGAUCAGAUGUGAGCGCCUCUCAUGCCAUUAACACAACCAGUGCUGAUGUUCUGAGCACGGGUUUUCAUGCAGAGGCCACAGAGACUCAAGAGGCUCCCAGCAAGGCAGCAAGCUUUCCAGCGAGAAACCAGGUGGAGUGGGACAGACCCUCCAACAGUUCAUCCUGA